GGCAGGAGUUGUCUAGGUCAGCCUAACUCUUCAACCGCAAAUCCCUUUCCUUUCCAUUCCCGUAGGCUCCAAUCAAAACAUCCUCUUCUCUUCACCAUCUCUCUCUUUUUGCUCUUUCUCUUCUCGCAUCGCAUCGCAUCGCAUUAGGGUUAUUAAUGCUUUCAAUCUGAAUCUCCGUUUAGGGUUCUUGGUGGUGUCUGUCAAUGUACAUGUAAAUACAGUUUUUUUAAAAAAUCGUUGAGCUGGUGAUGACCAAUUAUCAGUCGAAAAUUGAUUUCGGAUAUAAAGAAUCAGAACAAAAAGAUAGGCAACGCCAAGGGCAUUGCUUUUAUUGAAGAACGUUACUGAUAGUUUUAUUAGUAAGAGUGGGGAAAGAGAUCGGGUGGCAGAAAUGAGUGCCUCUAGGUUCAUUAAGUGCGUCACCGUCGGCGAUGGUGCCGUCGGAAAGACCUGCAUGCUUAUUUCCUACACCAGCAACACCUUCCCUACGGAUUAUGUACCAACUGUUUUUGACAAUUUCAGUGCAAAUGUGGUUGUGGAUGGGAGCACUGUUAAUCUAGGAUUAUGGGAUACUGCUGGUCAGGAGGAUUACAAUCGAUUAAGACCUUUAAGCUAUCGAGGUGCAGAUGUCUUUAUUCUGGCAUUCUCUUUAAUCAGCAAGGCCAGCUAUGAAAAUGUUGCCAAAAAGUGGAUUCCUGAACUGAAGCAUUAUGCACCUGGAGUUCCGGUUAUUCUUGUUGGAACGAAACUUGAUCUUCGGGAUGAUGACCAGUUCUUCAUUGACCAUCCUGGUGCAGCGCCCAUUACUACUGCGCAGGGAGAGGAACUGAGAAAACUUAUUGGAGCUCCUGCCUACAUUGAGUGUAGCUCAAAAACACAGCAGAAUGUGAAGGGAGUUUUUGAUGCAGCCAUCAAGGUGGUUCUGCAGCCCCCAAAGAAAAAUAAGAAGAAGAAAAAGGGGCAAACUUCUUGCUCCAUAUUGUGAUGAUCUAGGAAUGAUUAGGUUUGACAGAGAGAAGAUGAUGGCUUUUCAGCUUUCAGCCACUUAGUGCAGUAAUUCAUCACUGUGUUGCCUUUUUUUCAAUUUCAUGCUCUCACAAGGAAGCAGGAGACCUUGUUGUAUAGUCUUAACCGACAUUCUAGGGAAUUUCUUUUAAAAGCAUCAGAUCGUUUGUUUCUUUAAUCUCAUGAUCUGUAAUUUUACUGCAUUUCUUCUCAAACAUGUUUUCAUGUCUAAAUUUGUUUCAUGCAUUAACCAAAUUUGUGGCAGGACUCUACUUACUAGAGAACUGUUCCUGGCAUGAAUGUGAAUGCACCUGAAAUUACUGUC